AUGACCUCCCGGUUACGUGCGUUGGGUGGAAGAAUUAAUAAUAUACGCACCUCAGAAUUACCCAAAGAGAAGACUCGAUCCGAAGUUGUCUGCAGCGUCCGCUUUUUAGAUGGCUUGGUACAGACCUUUAAAGUUAAUAAACAAGAUACCGGUCAAGUUCUUUUGGAUAUGGUGUACAACCACCUGGGUGUAACAGAAAAGGAGUAUUUUGGUUUGCAACAUGGCGACGACUCAGCAGACUCUGCUAGAUGGCUUGAGUCAAGCAAACCUAUCAGGAAACAAUUAAAAGGAGGUUUCCCCUGUACCCUGCAUUUUCGAGUAAGAUUUUUUAUACCUGAUCCCAACACACUGCAGCAAGAACAAACCAGGCAUUUGUAUUUCUUGCAACUGAAGAUGGAUAUUUGUGAAGGAAGACCAUGUUGGAAAGGCAAACCUAAUUAUGGUUGUCCCCCUUCUGUCUUCAUAGCUCAUUUUGGAGACUUUGAUUCUUCCAUACAUCAUCCCGGGUAUCUUUCUGAUAGUCAGUUUAUACCAGACCAGAACGAUGACUUCUUAGCGAAGGUGGAAUCUCUCCAUGAGCAGCACAGUGCUGUCAGUGAACCAGCAGAUCUGCACAAUUUAGAUCUAAUGAUUGGGAUUGCGUCUGCGGGCAUUGCUGUGUACCGAAAAUACAUCUGCACAAGUUUCUAUCCUUGGGUGAACAUUCUAAAAAUUUCUUUCAAAAGGAAAAAAUUCUUUAUACAUCAACGACAAAAACAGACUGAAUCCAGGGAACAUAUGGUAUCCUUCAACAUGUUAAAUUACCGAUCUUGCAAAAACUUAUGGAAAUCUUGUGUCGAGCACCAUACAUUCUUUCAAGCAAAAAAGCUACUACCUCAGGAAAAGAAUGUUCUGUCUCAGUACUGGACUCUGGGCUCUAGGAACCCCAAAAAGUCUGUAAAUAACCAGUAUUGCAAAAAGGUGAUUGGAGGGAUGGUGUGGAACCCAGCCAUGUGGAGAUCCUUAUCGGUGGAACAUCUAGAAACCAAGAGUCUACCUUCUCGGUCCCCUCCUAUUACUCCCAACUGGCGAAGUCCUCGACUCCGGCAUGAAAUCCGAAAGCCACGGCACUCCUCUGCAGACAACCUUGCGAAUGAAAUGACGUACAUAACAGAGACUGAAGACGUGUUUUAUACAUACAAGGGCUCUCUGUCCCCCAAAGACAGCGAUUCCGAGGUUUCUCAGAACCGAAGCCCGCGUCAAGAGAGUGUGUCCGAGAACAAUCCAGCACAAGGCUGCCUGACCCAGAAGUCAUCCAGUUCUGUGUCUCCAUCUUCAAAUGCUCCAGGCUCCUGCUCACCAGACGGCGUAGACCAGCACUUCUUAGAGGAGUACCACAGGGUGACUAAAGGGAGCUCCACUGAGGACUCCAGCCAGUACUACUGUGACAAGACUGAUGACGAGGACAGCUGCUUACUCUUGAUCCGUAUCACGCCAGAUGAGGACGGGAAAUUUGGCUUUAAUCUUAAGGGAGGAGUGGAUCAGAAGAUGCCCCUUGUGGUAUCGCGGAUAAACCCAGAGUCACCUGCGGACACCUGCAUCCCUAAGCUGAUCGAAGGGGACCAAAUCGUGCUCAUCAAUGGCCGAGACAUCUCAGAACACACCCACGACCAAGUGGUGAUGUUCAUCAAAGCCAGCCGGGAGUCCCACACGAGGGAGCUGGCCCUGGUGAUCAGAAGGAAAGUUGUCCACUCGCUUGCCGAUGUCAAAUCUGAGGAUGAACUGAACCAGCUUUUCCCGGACACCAUUUUCCCCAUGUGUCCGGAGGGUGGGGACACGUUAGAGGGAUCCAUGGAACAGCUCAAGAAGGUUCUCGAGAGUGGGACGGUCCUGAUCCAGUUUGAGCAACUCUACAGAAAGAAGCCUGGGCUGGCCAUCACUUUUGCAAAGCUGCCUCAAAAUUUGGACAAAAACCGAUAUAAAGAUGUGUUGCCUUAUGACACCACCCGGGUAUUAUUGCAGGGAAAUGAAGAUUAUAUUAAUGCAAGUUAUGUGAACAUGGAAAUUCCCGCUGCUAACCUUGUGAACAAGUACAUUGCCACUCAGGGACCCCUGCCGCAUACCUGUGCUCAGUUUUGGCAGGUCGUUUGGGAUCAGAAGUUAUCACUCAUCGUCAUGUUGACAACUCUCACAGAGCGAGGGCGGACCAAAUGUCACCAGUACUGGCCCGACCCUCCCGACGUCAUGGAGCAUGGCAGCUUCCACAUCCGGUGCCAGUCGGAGGAUUGUACCAUCGCCUAUGUGUUCCGAGAAAUGCUGGUCACCAACAGCGAGACAGGAGAAGAGCACACAGUUAACCAUCUCCAGUACGUUGCAUGGCCUGACCACGGCGUUCCUGAUGACUCCUCAGACUUUUUGGAAUUUGUAAACUAUAUGCGGUCCCUGCGAGUUGACAGUGAGCCUGUCUUAGUUCAUUGCAGUGCUGGAAUAGGUCGGACAGGUGUGUUGGUCACUAUGGAAACAGCCAUGUGCUUAAUUGAACGGAACCUGCCUGUCUACCCACUGGACAUUGUCCGGAAAAUGAGAGACCAGCGCGCCAUGAUGGUGCAGACGUCAAGCCAGUACAAGUUUGUGUGUGAAGCAAUUCUACGUGUAUAUGAAGAAGGCUUAGUGCGAAUGCUGGAUCCCAGUUGA